AUGAUCAUUGUUGCGGGUUCUUUCGCCUUAACUCCAGCCGCUGCUCUAAGAUAUGAAAGAUAUGACCGAAAAGUGAAGCAACUCACACAAGAGGAAGCUAUGGAAUUGGGGCUCAAAGGCGGAGAUGGUGAAGAGGGAAUUCGGAGAAAUCCACGCAGAAGAGUUCUUGGAGAUGAAAGGGAGGAAUAUUAUCGGCUCAUGGCCAAAGACCUGGAUAAUUGGGAACAAAAACGAGUCCAGAGGUUUAAGGGUGAACCUGACGGGAAACUUUAA